AUGGUGCAAGAGCCAGAUGUGAAGGAAACAAUGGAUGAGAUUCCAUCACCUAGCACGGUCUAUUACCCUGAAAAGCGGGAUCAACCAGGGGGUGAGGAAAAGAAGUCUGGUGGGGGCCUUGUUGAGAUCCCUGGACCUACGAACUUAGGUGUGGAUGUGACCGAUGUACCUGACAUUGCGGACAAGACUGCUCCUAGGUUUAGAAAGGGCCAACAUCACAUUACUCCAAACGCGAUCAGAUGCAGAGCUAGGCGCAUCUUCACCCCGAGAGCCAAUGGCACCUACAAGGUUUCAGAUGAUAUUUACAACGAAUGGCAUGGCAAAGGCCAACCUCGCAAGAACCUAGAGGAUAUCUUCCGGUCCUGUGGGUAUGACCCUGAAAGCUUUGUGUGUGAAGUCGAAGUGCUUCGGAGGGAGAUGCAGUCCACGGAAUUCCAUAUUGAAGCCGAGUUCUUGACCACGAAUGAAAUGAUUGAGAAGGGUCUGUCAGAGAAACUUCAAUCGGUGGAGGUCCGAAAGCGGGCCAAAUGGCAGGAACAGGGUUUGGGCGGAUUGAACCUUGAUCUCGAAGGAAUGGACCAAAGUCUUGAAGAUCCAGGUGUCGAUCAGGAGGAGUCGGACCAGGCUGACUCGAGGGAAGGUCUGGCUUCGAAGCGCAAAUCGUUGGGAAUACCGGAACUUGACCCAGAUGUCCUACCCAGCAGUGUGGUUCAAAAAUACCUGACUGCCCUGGCCAAACGGUUGGCCAAGAUGCAACUGCUGUUCAACAAGUUCGAUGACGCUGAUAAACUUUCAGACAUGCAAACGAGGCCCUUGUUUUGCACGAGUCUUGUGAAAAGGUAA